UGCACAGCUACUUUAUUUUGAGCCGUGUAACCUUUACUCAUAUUUUCUACGUCAUUUCACAAGACUUUUUGUAUUCUUGUUCUCGGGAUGAAUACAACAAAAGAGCCAUCUGACAACCCUACUGCACAAGUAGCAUCCAGCAACAUGCUGACAUCUGCAGAAGACACUUCGGCCAUUACUCCGAAACCUAUUCUUGUCACCACACCUUCCUCCAAUGGGGCUUCCACCAAAAGUCAGGCACACAACUCUAGACGAUCCAUCAGUGGAUCCGACAUAUUAAACGGUUUGAAGAUUAUGACCAAUCCCCAAUUUGAAAGCUCCACGCCCACUUCCCCCGUGCCUUCCCAAAUGUCGGCCGAGCCUGCCUUGUUCAACAACAUUGACGAUUUUGAACUGAGAGAAGCCAUAGGUUACGGAUCUUCAGCCAUAGUUUACAGUGCCAUUUACAAACCUUAUAACAAGCGAGUCGCCCUCAAACAAAUCGAUCUCGACAUGUUUGAACGCAAUCAGAUCGACGAACUUCGGCGAGAAACGGCGCUGAUGGCCUUGUCGAAACAUGCCAAUGUACUACGUGUAUAUGGAUCCUUCGUCAAGGGUUCCAAGUUGUACAUUGUUACUCCAUAUUCCGCUGGAGGCUCAUGUUUGGACAUCAUGAAAACAGGGUUUCCCGAUGGUUUGGACGAAUUGAGCAUCGCGACCAUUUUGAAACAGGCUUUAGAAGGGUUGGCUUAUUUGCAUAAAAACGGACACAUCCAUCGAGAUGUGAAAGCGGGCAACCUGUUAAUGGACGAAGAUGGCACGGUAUUAUUGGCGGACUUUGGUGUUUCCAGUUCAUUGAUGGAAACAGGAGAAAAAGGCAUGCGCAAAACCUUUGUUGGUACACCAUGUUGGAUGGCGCCUGAAGUCAUGGAGCAGGCCAGUUACGAUUACAAAGCUGAUAUUUGGAGUUUCGGUAUUACAGCGAUUGAAUUAGCCACAGGACAUGCUCCUUUUGCCAAACUUCCUCCGCUUAAGGUCUUGAUGAUGACAUUAUCAAGUGAUCCACCGACUUUGGCUCGUGAAACAACUACACACAAAUACUCCCGCAUAUUCAGGGAGAUGAUCGACAUGUGCCUGAAUAAAGAUCCUACGAAAAGACCUUCGGCCGAAAAAUUACUUUUACACCCAUUCUUCAAACAAGCGAAAAAGAAGGAUUACCUUGCAAAAUGUUUGCUAGCUGAUCUUCCCGCCCUCGAACAUCGUCCUCGGAAACGAAUGCCGCGAAAACAAAUCACCACCAGCAAGACAGACGAAUGGGAUUUUGACAAUCUUGAUGAUAGCGAAAUGAAUGAGGAGACGGGCGAUUACCAAGGCCCUCACGUCACAGAUACCCAGCAGCAGGAAGCCAAUUCGGCCGAACGACCUCCGAAUCCAGGUCCAGUACCGAAACGACACAUCUCUUUCGGUGAUGUCGUCGUACGUAAUCCGUCGCAACCCGUUGUACCUCAAGCCACUGUGCCUGUGACCCAUCAAAGUGCCGAUGCGGUGCCUCUAGCCACUCCAGCACGCAAAUCUCGAUUCGUCAUCGAAGACGGAUCGCGCGAGGUUACCGAUACCUACGCAACCUACAGUUCCUCGGCACGAUCUGUCAGCCCGUUAUCAGAAAUUGAUGCGAGAAGCGAUCAAUCUGAUUCCGAGAUGAUACGGAGUCGUGGUAGUCUUCAUCAUGUACGGGAACGACCGAUGAGUAUGAGCAGCGAUCAUCAUGUUUCGUCAGGUGAUGAUUCCCAGGAUCAUGUCUUGGCCAAGACCUUGAGUCAUGAAAAUAUGUUGGAUCGUAAGUCGCGUUUCGAAGUCCAACACAAUCAGCUACCGACGGCUGCUUCGCCUCCACGUUCAUCUUUUUCAACGAGCCACUACCCCAAUUCAAAUCCAUCCAUAUCACCUAUGCCUCACUAUUCCAUUGCUCUAUCUCGCGAAAACUCCAAUUCAUCCACCGGAUUUUCGCUUACGAGAGACGGAUCAAGUCAAUCCAGAGCAGCCCCCAGAUACCCAAUGGACAAGGAACGGGAUGGAAGAGAAAUGGAAGGACAACCACAACAACCACUCGGAGAAUGUCGCAAGAUUGGUCGAUUUGAAUUGACGUGCGGUUCGAGUGAGCUCACACCACGACUGAUGGAUGCUCAUCUUCAUCCAUACGAUUCGGCAUCGCCCAAUCAUUCUGUUACGCCGCCUAACUCUGUGUAUGGACCGCGAGGUCAAAUGGUGCGCACAUCAUCCUCGGACCCAUCCAUGAAUCCUAAUCUGUAUUCCCAAGUUGAAGAGCUGAUGAGAUACAAUGAGGCGCAACGACAACUGUUGCUGGAAAUAUGUGGAUCAUUAAAUGUGAGAUCGAAUUUCGGCCGAAAAAGUUAUCAUGAUCUGAAAAAAGCCUCCUCCCUUCUCCAGCCGUCAAGCUCCUCGUUAACCACGGCAGCGGCUAAUGCACCGGAGUCUACAGCUUCCGAUACAAAAGACGUCAACGGUACAAAAGGACCUUCCGAAGAUCUGUUAUCUACAGUUGAAUACUUGGAGCAUUUGGUGCAACUGUCGCUGCGCGAGAAUGCCUCCUUACAAAAGAAAAAUGAUGCACUGCGCAAAGAGAUAGACCAAUUACGAAACAUGUAUCAAGGCGUCCAACCAUCCAAUCAACAGCAACAACCACAGUUAUAGGAUAUCCAGCACUAAAUAAAAAUCAAGCAACCCCUUUUUUACCCACACAUCAUGGUCCAGGGCAUAAAAAAUGGAACAUUAGAGCAAGCAUAUGAGAAGGCGGGAUCAAUGCGGUGCAAAUAAAGAGCCCAUUUAAUACGUUCGAGACCGUGAACGUUCAGCUUUGUAAGUCAAGGGA